AGGGUGAGGAGCUGCCCCGUCUCCCUCCCCUAGAUCGGGCAACCCGCGUGGGGCGUUCAGUGCACGGCACCUCGCUCUGCCCCAGGCCGCCAGACCGCAGGGGGAUCUUUGGGCUCGCGGAACGUCUCGGCCAAUGCUGGGGGAGAGAAAGUGUUGCAGGGGAGCUACGGGACCGGACCAUCCCAUCACACCCUCUUACAGCAGCUGAGGAUCUGAGCCAGGGUCUUUUUAUGUUCCCACAGUUAAGAAAAAGUGUUGUGAUCUGUUGUGCAAAUGCCCGUGUCUCCAGGUAGCUGUGCGUGUAAGAUAUGGAGUGACCGGCUUCUUUUGUGUAUGUUUCCAAUUUAAUUCCUGUAGCUGUCAGUCACAUGUGAGUUUUCAUUGCUGUCUUCUGUACCCUCAGCACAACCAGAGAGGGGCCCCCAAGCCUUUGCAGUAAGCAGACACUGCUGAGCCAGGCUGCGAAAUUGGAUUCAUUUGUAUGGGCUCUAAGAAGGUUGCAUCCAAGCCAAGAGGCAUCCCUUGGCGAGAGGUGGUGUCCCGUCUCCAGUGGGAUUAGCGAUUUCCCAGCCUACAUCCCUAGCACAGGGGUGUGUGAUGGGGAUCUCUCCCUUUUGACUGAGUGUCCUUCCCAGAUGUGUAUGUAAUUACGGUCAGUAAUUGUGUAGUUACUUUGGCUUCACCCAGUAGCUGCAAUGUGCCAUUUGAGUGACUGCCUAUCUACCCAUGUCAGUCUCUUCCUCCCCUCCCCCAUAGUUGUGCUGUGGAUAUGGACAUUGGUACUGCUGGUAAAUUGAUAGGAGAUUUAGCAUGGGUCUGUGGGGAAUUCAAGGCUGAUAGGGCAAGGUUUAUCCUCAGGAGGCAGACAGCCUGCCAUACAAUUUCCUUUCUCACUGCUGCCUCUUUCCUAGGUUGGAGCUUGCCCCUGGUGGGUCAGGAUUAUCUGGAGAUCCUUUCCAGCUGGUACUGCAGCUUUGGAAAGUGCUGCGAGACAGGAGACUGCAGAAUAGCCAACAACAUCACAGGGUUAGAGUUGGACCUGAGCAGGAGGCUACAUGGGCAGCACUUGGCAAAGGACGUCAUUCUGAAAGCAGUGCAAGGCUUCCUGGAGACCCCACAGCCGGAGAAGGCUCUGGCUCUGUCGUUCCAUGGCUGGUCUGGCACUGGGAAAAACUUUGUGGCCCGGAUGAUCGCUGAUCACUUGUACCGAGACGGGCUGAAAAGCGAGUGUGUUAAAGUCUUUAUCUCGCUCUUUCACUUCCCACAUCCCAAAUAUGUGGACUUGUACAAGGUUCAGCUGAAGAAGCAGAUAAGCGAAACAGUGCAGCUCUGCAAGCAGUCAUUGUUCAUCUUCGAUGAGGCAGAGAAGCUUCACUCUGGCCUGCUGGAUGCCAUCAAACCCUAUGUGGAUCACUAUGACAGCAUCGAUGAGGUGGAUUACAGGAGAUCCAUUUUCCUAUUCCUCAGUAACAUUGGUGGGAACAUCAUCAACCAGGUGACCCUGGACUUCUGGCGAGCUGGACGGGCCAGGGAGGAGAUCACCAUGGAAUACUUGGAGCAGCACCUACGCCUGGAGCUGCUUGAGUCCACAGAUGGUGGCUUUGCCCACAGCCACCUCCUUGAAGAGAACCUCAUUGACUUUUUUGUGCCAUUCCUGCCCUUGGAGAAUCGCCAUGUGAAGCUGUGCGUUCGGGAUGCUUUUCUGGCCCGCAGUCUUCCAUACACUGAGGAGGUGCUGGAUGAGGUGGUCAGGAUGAUGGUGUUCAUCCCCGAGGAGAAGCUUUUCUCUGCACAAGGUUGUAAAUCUAUCUCUCACCGCAUCAACUAUUUCCUACCCUGACCCUGAAUGUGAGGGGGAACUGUACCAGUAACCAGCAUUGCUACUUGCUGCAGAAUGAGACCUGCUCCUCUUGCAUGAGCAGAUUGAAAAUUCACCCGCUUGCACAGUGAUGGGAACUUUUGAGGUCCCUCAGUAGUUGAAAGAGGCCUCUAAGGGUUGCUCUGAUUGUCACACUUGUGUGGCACCUGUGCAGCCUUGAGCUGGUAGAAGGCUGGGCUGGCUGUACCUGUCUUGAAGUUCCAUCUCUUAGCAAGCAGCUCAGAGCAGAAGCAAUGAUUAGCUGUUGCUAAACCAAGAUUUCUGGCUGGCAAAUAGUGGUCUGCUUCACAUGAGCAGAGCUGGUCUGGGCCCUUGGUUUAUUGUAGUGUGAGGGGUUGUGGGAAAGUCUGAAGAGGU